AUGGCCGCUUCCUUCGCCCGCCUCGCGGGCAAUGCGCCCAAAAGGCUCUGCCUCCGCCCCUCCAACGUCCUCAACACAUCUGUGCCUCGUUCCCGCUCGAUUGCGACCACAGUCCCUCGUCAGCAUGCCGACCCCACCAGCUACCAGGCCACACGACUGGUUCCGGCCGACCCGUUCGUCGCCCACAUGGCCAACAAGCCGCCUACCUCGUCCCCGGAUGAGGCCGCUCCCCUUGAAUCCGAGACUGGAAGUCUGAAGGGCCGCAAGAUUCGUCACUAUACCGUCAACUUCGGUCCCCAGCAUCCGGCUGCUCACGGUGUGCUCCGUUUGAUUCUGGAGCUCAAUGGCGAGGAAAUUGUUCGCGCCGAUCCCCACGUCGGUCUGCUGCACCGUGGUACUGAGAAGUUGAUCGAGUACAAGACCUAUAUGCAGGCUUUGCCCUACUUCGACCGAUUGGACUACGUCUCAAUGAUGACCAACGAGCAGUGCUUUGCGCUGGCCGUCGAGAAGCUACUGAACGUCGAGAUCCCGGACCGUGCCAAGUGGAUUCGUACCAUGUUCGGCGAGAUCACCCGUAUCCUCAACCACCUGAUGUCCGUUCUGUCCCACGCAAUGGAUGUUGGUGCUCUGACUCCCUUCUUGUGGGGCUUCGAGGAGCGUGAGAAGCUCAUGGAAUUCUAUGAACGUGUCUCCGGUGCCCGUCUCCACGCCGCUUAUGUCCGCCCCGGCGGUGUCUCUCAGGAUAUCCCCAUUGGCCUUCUCGACGACAUCUACCAGUGGGCCACUCAGUUCGGUGACCGUAUUGACGAGACCGAAGAACUUCUUACCGACAACCGUAUCUGGAAGCAGCGUACCCAGGGCGUUGGUGUUGUUAACGCCGCUGAUGCUCUAAACAUGAGCUUCACUGGUGUCAUGCUCCGUGGUUCCGGUGUGCCGUGGGAUAUCCGCAAGUCUCAGCCGUACGAUGCCUAUGACCAGGUUGAGUUCGAUGUCCCUGUUGGUGUCAACGGUGACUGCUACGACCGUUACCUGUGCCGUAUGGAGGAGUUCCGUCAGUCCCUCCGCAUUAUCCACCAGUGCUUGAACAAGAUGCCCGCCGGUCCUGUUCGCGUUGAGGACUACAAGAUUUCCCCUCCUCCUCGUGCCGCCAUGAAGGAGAACAUGGAGGCGCUUAUCCACCACUUCCUGCUUUUCACCAAGGGUUACUCUGUGCCUCCGGGUGAGACCUACUCUGCCAUUGAGGCGCCGAAGGGCGAGAUGGCUGUUUUCCUGGUCAGUGAUGGCAGCGAGCGCCCUUACCGCUGCAAGAUUCGUGCCCCUGGUUUCGCCCAUCUGGGUGGAUUUGACCAGGUCUCUCGCGGUCACCUUCUGGCUGACGCCGUCGCUAUCAUCGGUACCAUGGAUCUGGUGUUCGGUGAAGUCGACCGGUAA